UGGAGUCACCUACGAAGGUGUCCUCUGAUACUGAACCCCUACAGGAAGCCACGUGUGCCCCGCUGGGGCACAGCCCCAGCUGAUGCCCCAGAGAGGCCAUCCAUCUCAAGAGGGGCUUUGGGCCCAGCCCUCCCUCCUCAUGGCACAUGGACCAGAGCCUGAGGCCGAUGGACUGUUGGACCUCAGUUUCCUGACAGAGGAGGAGCAGAAGGCCAUUGAUGAUGUCCUCAAACGAGACGCCCACCUGCGCCAGCUGGAGGAGGGGCGGGUCAGCAAGCUCCGGGCCUCGCUGGCAGACCCUGAGCAGCUGAAGAUCCUGACAGGGGACUGGUUCCAGGAAGCACGUUCCCGACGGCACCACCCUGCCCGCUUUGGCUCUGACCUUGUCCGAGCCUCUAUCCGCAGAAAGAAGAGUUCCAGGGGAGACCAGGCUCUGGGCAGUGAUGGGGAGGCUGAGGCUGCUGGGAAAGAGAAUGAAGAGGAACCAGAGCCCAGGUUCUCCAUAGGUGAGGCCCCUCAAGAGAGGCUCAGUGAGACUGAGGGACAGGAUUUCCCAUCACCAUGUGCCCCUCCGAAGGCUUCAGAUCAUGAGGAUGAGUCCCAGGCCCAGGAAACCCCUGGCCAAGGGGGCGUGCAGGUCUGCGCCGAGGAGGCGGACCCGGAGCUGGAGCCCGCGUCCAGGGAAGAGAAGGAGCCAGAGCCCCCCCCGGCCCAGACCAAGGCGGCAUCCGAGAUCCUGGAGAACGGGCAGGAGGCCCCGGGGCCCGGCCCCUCACUCGACCGCAUGCUCAGCAGCAGCUCGUCCGUGUCCAGCCUCAGCUCCUCCACGGUGGGGGCUGGGGGAGCCCCAGGACGGGGCGAGGGCUCGGGGGGGGGGGCGUCCCUGCUUAGCUCCGGUCCUCACCUCCCCCGCCCCAGCUACGUCAAAACCUACCUCCUUCCGGAUAAGCAGAGCAAGCGCAAGACGGCGGUGAAGAAGCGGAAUCUGAACCCGGUCUUCAACGAGAUUCUCCGGUACUCCGUCCCGCAGGCCGAGCUCCGGGGCCGCGUGCUGAGCCUGUCCGUGUGGCACCGCGAAAGCCUGGGUCGCAACAUCUUUCUGGGCGAAGCCGAAGUGCCCCUGGACACGUGGAACUGGGACUCCGAGCCCGCCUGGCUCCCCCUGCAUCCCCGGGUCCCACCCUCUCCCGACGAGCUUCCCAGCCGCGGGCUUCUCUCCCUGUCCCUCAAGUACGUCCCCGCCGGCUCCGAGGGCGCGGGACUGCCCCCGAGCGGGGAGCUGCACUUCUGGGUGAAGGAAGCUCAGGACCUCGUGCCGCUGCGCUCAGGAUCCCUGGAUACUUACAUACAAUGCUCAGUGCUGCCUGAUGACAGCCGGGCCAGCCGCCAACGUACAAGGGUGGUACGUCGCAGCCUCAGCCCUGUGUUCAACCACACCAUGGUUUAUGAUGGCUUUGGGCCUGCUGACCUUCGCCAGGCCUGUGCUGAGCUCUCCCUCUGGGACCAUGGGGCCCUGGCCAGCCGUCAACUGGGGGGCACACGCCUCAGCCUGGGCACAGGCAGCAGCUAUGGGCUCCAGGUGCCCUGGAUGGAUUCCACACCUGAGGAGAAGCGGCUGUGGGAGAUGCUUCUGGAGCAGCCCUGCGAGUGGGUGGAUGGUCGUCUGCCCCUCAGAACCAACCUGGUUCCCAGGACGUAAACCUACCCAACCCCUCUCUCUGGACCCCCAUCUCAGGGCCUGCCCUUGGCUACAGUCAAUAAAGUCUAUUCUAAGAGUGA